AUGCAUCAUUUUGAGGAAGAAUUGACAUGUUCCAUUUGCUAUAGUAUAUUUGAAGACCCGCGUGUUCUGCCUUGUUCCCAUACGUUUUGCAGAAAUUGUCUGGAAGGGGUUAUUCAGCUCUCGAGCAACUUCUCCAUUUGGAGACCGCUGAGAGUCCCACUGAAGUGUCCGAACUGCAGGAGCAUCGUGGAAAUUCCUGCAACUGGUACCGAGUCGUUGCCCAUCAACUUUGCAUUAAAAGCUAUUAUUGAAAAAUACCGGCAGGAGGAUCAGCCUGAAGUUGCGACCUGUAGUGAACAUUAUAGACAACCGCUGAACGUUUACUGUCUUUUGGAUAGAAAAUUAGUGUGUGGCCACUGUCUUACAAUAGGAAAACACAAUGGCCAUCCCAUAGAUGACCUUCAAAGUGCCUAUGUAAAAGAAAAACAAAGUUCUGGAAAAAUUCUCGAGCAGCUAACAGAUAAACACUGGUCUGAUGUAUGUUUGCUGAUUGAAAAGUUGAAAGAUCAGAAAUCCCAGUGUGAAAACGUUAUUCAAGAUGAUAAAAAAGCGGUAUUACAGUAUUUUAAGAAACUUAAUGAUAUUUUGGAGCAUAAAAAACAAGCACUGCUGACUGCGCUAGAGGAAAUUAAUAAGCACAUCUUGGAAGAGUAUGAGCCUCUAAUUGAAAAGUUGAAACAAAUAAGGGAAGAACAGCUUGAAUUAAUGUCACUGAAUACAUCUAUUCAAAAAGAAGAGUCGCCGCUUGUUUUUCUGGAAAAGGUUGACAACUUGCAGCAACGUAUAAAAGCUCUGAAACAAAAGGAGCUGCCGGACGUUAAACCUGUUGAGAUCUAUCCAAGGGUAGGGAACCUGCUGAAGGAUGUGUGGUUUAAAACUGAAAUCGGACAGAUCAACAAGAUCCUUACUCCAAAAAUAAAACUGAUUCCAAAAAGGAAGUUAUGCUGCAAAAGCAGUAAAAAGGAAACAGGAAAAUCUAAAGAAUUAUUUCAGGCUAUAAAUCCUCUAACGGUCAUGCUACUUUUUAUAAUAAUAGCGAUAACUUUGUUUUCACUACACAAACCAGUAGAACACCUAGAAAAUUUAACUCUUCGUUGA